AUAGUUUUCAAUACAAACAGUCUCCUUUAUCUUAUGUCAGAGGUCCAGCGGAGCCACCUUUCUACUGACCAUCCGAUCCUCCAAACAGGUUUCACCUUUAUCUCUGCAUCUCAGAGGUCACCUGAAACAAGCCCCACCUAUAUAAAAAUGCCCUAAUAAGCCACACUAACCCUUUACAACGACCCUUGAGAGCAUAACACUUCGUUCAUCAGCACGGACAACAAACCUAAGAGCCUUCUUUUUAACAUGGACAACAUAUAUGCCUGAUUUUUAGGAACUUGGCACACUGGGACACCCCACGGGCCACUUACACAAGGAUCACAAAGCUAUAUAGGGCAAACAACACCUCUAACUAAGGAGUGCAGGAUGACGUCGGGAUCAACCAUGAUGAACAGUCAGAACAUCGUCCAAGCCACAGAAGCUCUAGAGCGAGACAUGCAAGCGUGGGACCUCUCAGACUCGCCAGACUCCCCACCGCCUGCGCUGCUAUUCCAGACCCCACCACCUCCUCCCCCCUCUCCUCAGCUGCUGCAGGAUCCUACAGGAUCAGGUCUGUGUGAGGAAACCAUUAUCGACAUCAAGCUUGCAACCCAUCACCUGGUGAUGUUGGCAUUAAACGCCUUUCUACAGGAAACAUGCUACGGAUGUCGAACAGCUCAACCCAGUCAGGUGCAACACAGCUGUUUGCUCGAACUGCCCGAGUAUUACUUUGACACCUACUACGACGAUGUGAUGCUGAGGCUCAAGACAUUCCGAUUCAUCCCUGCCAUUCGCCUGUUUGUACGCUCGUACACAGUCGAUGGGACUAAAACACAAUUCAGCAGGAUUGCAGAACACACCAUGACUGAACUGAGAUCAUCACAACAUAUAGUAUGCGCAAUUAACGACAAUAUUGCACAGCUGCUAGAAGCAAGUCGUUAUGCCUGUCGUGUUAAACCAGCCAUGCUUCGCAUGAUUGGUAACUACUGGGCUGGGAGACACCUGGUUUAAUGUAUGUUGUUCAGUAUUCAUUGUCUGUGUGAAUGAAAUAAAAAGACAUGUCAACACCGACAUCUUAGUCAUUCGCGGUCGACUUUGCUUAUACAAUAGAGAAAAGCAACAAUACAGUGUGUUUCUCUGC